UGCUGCGUUCCGGCUUCCACUCAUCUGUGCUGCAAUAGGCAUGGAUUUUUCCGAGCAGAAGGAUAUGGCCAAGCAGCCAGUCAACAAUCCAGCCGGUUUUAACCCGUCACCUCUGCACGAAGGAACCGUUGGAGUUACAGCAAACAAUCCGGAGAAUGUCCAACACCUACCUUCUGACAAGCAGCCUGCACCGCAACCGAUUCCAGACAACGAGAGGAAAACUUUUUGUCCUGUGGAAAAUAAGCAGGGGGAGGCAGAGGUCAGCAAAGCGUAUGGGACGUUUAAAAACGCGGCCCCAGUGCCGGUUCCCAUUAACUCUGCCCUCCGCAAGGAUUCCGCCGGAAGUGCGCUGCCUCGAACGGAUGGUUCUACAACUGUUCAUGGCACAUUAAUGUCUUCUCACUGCACAGACGGGUUGUCUAAUCAAAGUGCCACAAGGAGCGCAGUGGAACAAAACAACGCCACGGGCAACUGGACUUCCGUGAGCCAGACCACAGUUAUACUCGGAACAGAUGGUAACACUUCUGUCUUGCCUGGCACAGCGAUCGAGGAUGACGAUGACGGCCAAGGAGAUGAGAACAAAGCUAGGGGGAAUUGGUCAAAUAAAAUGGAUUUCAUUCUCUCCAUGGUUGGGUAUGCUGUCGGUUUGGGUAAUGUGUGGAGAUUUCCAUACCUCGCCUUCCAAAAUGGAGGAGGUGCUUUUUUGAUACCAUACCUGAUAAUGUUGUGCCUCGCUGGAAUUCCUAUAUUUUUACUGGAAGUUUCUCUGGGCCAGUUCGCCAGCCAGGGCCCAGUAUCUGUAUGGAAAGCUAUCCCGGCCUUGCAAGGUUGCGGGAUUGCCAUGUUGAUUAUAUCUGUCUUAAUAGCCAUAUACUAUAAUAUUAUUAUGUGCUGGACAUUGUACUACCUGUUCGCUUCGUUGAAGGGCUCACUCCCAUGGGCUAACUGUAAGAAUACGUGGAACACCCUGGACUGUAAGGACAAAGAUAUGCUUCUUUUAGACUCUUGUAUACUACGGGACAGGAAUAUAACUUCAGUUAAGAACACAACCUUCUGUUUGACGGCAAAUGCGGUUGGGAAUCUAAGCAAACUGGCCAAUCUUACAUCGGAAAACAAAACCUAUGUCAGCCCCAGUGAAGAGUAUUUCAAGUACAAUGUGCUGCACAUUUCUAAAGGGAUCGAGUACCCGGGCGACAUCCGCUGGCCUUUGGCCCUCUGUCUUUUUUUGGCCUGGGUAAUUGUCUAUGCAUCUCUGGCAAAAGGAAUCAAGUCAUCGGGAAAGGUGGUGUACUUCACAGCCACUUUCCCCUACGUAGUGCUGAUCAUUCUCCUGAUCAGGGGAGUCACCCUGCCUGGGGCUGGUUCUGGAAUACUCUACUUUAUAACACCAAAGUGGGAGAAACUCAAUGAUGCAAAGGUGUGGAAGGAUGCUGCUACUCAAAUUUUCUUCUCCCUGUCUGCAGCCUGGGGUGGACUCAUCACUCUGUCUUCCUACAACAAGUUUCACAAUAACUGUUACAGAGACACGGUGAUAGUGACAUGCACAAACAGUGCCACCAGCAUCUUUGCUGGCUUUGUCAUCUUCUCUGUGAUCGGAUUCAUGGCUCACGAGCUGAAGGUGCCCAUCGAGAAGGUGGCUGACGAAGGUCCAGGCAUAGCGUUCGUGGUGUACCCUGAAGCGCUGACCAGACUGCCGCUCUCCCCCUUCUGGGCCAUCAUCUUCUUCCUCAUGCUGCUCACCCUGGGCCUGGAUACCAUGUUCGCUACCAUCGAGACCAUCGUGACGUCCGUGUCGGACGAGUUCCCCAAAUACCUGCGCAAGCACAAACCCUUCUUCACCUUGGCGUGCUGCGCCAGUUUCUUCGUCCUGGGCUUCCCGAUGAUCACCGAGAGUGGGAUGUACAUGCUGCAGUUGGUGGAUACGUACGCAGCCUCCUACUCUCUUGUCAUCAUCGCCAUUUUUGAGCUGGUGGGUGUGUCCUACAUCUACGGCUUGCAGAGAUUCUGUGAAGACAUUGAAAUGAUGAUUGGAUUCCAGCCAAACAGAUUCUGGAGAGUCUGCUGGGCUUUUGUAACUCCUACCAUUCUCACGUUCAUCCUGGGCUUGAGCUUGUACCAGUGGAAAGUGAUGACCUAUGAGGAUUAUACUUACCCCACCUGGUCUAUGGUUAUGGGCUGGCUAAUGGUCAUCUGUUCAGUCAUCUGGAUUCCCAUCAUGUUUGUCAUCAAAAUGCACCUGGCGCCCGGCUCCUUCAUCGAGCGCUUGAAGCUGGUGUGCUCCCCGCAGCCUGACUGGGGCCCGUUCCUGCUGAAACACCGCGGGGAACGCUACAGGAACAUGAUAGACCCCCUGGGGACAAACUCUCUGGGACUCAAGCUGCCACCCAAGGAUUUCGAGCUGGGAUCCCAGUACCAGUAACAGCUGCAGGGGGUUAUGGGUGGAAAUAAGGCACGUCUCCUCACUCCUCCGUCCUCCCUCUUUCAUUCCCCCUUCGCCCACACUUCCCUGUUCCCUCUUACAGGUCCCUGAAUGGAGUAAGUGACCCAGGUGGAACCUUUCCCUUCCCCCCCCCCCCGUGAAUGCAGUAUUUUUCCCCCUCACAGACUCAUAGACACACCAAUUAAUGAAUGCAGAAGCCCGUUCGAAGGAGGUUGCUCCAGAAUUAAAAUCAUUGUGUAAAGCAAUUUGUCACUUAGGGAAUACUGGGCCAUACCGGGCUUCUCCUGACAGAUGUGUUUUCCUUGGAUUCCUGUGCAUUAAUGAUAAUAAAACAGAUGACACAGGCACAGAAUGCAAGCAUCUGUGACCCAUGAAAAUAAAUUCAUGGACAAUAAUACAUUAGCAUUUAUCAAGACCCAAUUACUGGUCAUAGCAUCUCUUACAUUUAUACUUCUGCUACGAAAUGGCAAUAUUGGUCCCAUAAACUGGCAUAUUUUCAUCAUCUUUACGCCAGCAGUCGGACUUUACGGAUCAUGUGUGCCAUUAUAUAUGAUAUAUAUUUUCCCCCCACUGUAUGUAUUUAACCUCUUUACCAAUUCUAAUGUUAUCACAAAUAUAUUGUUAGAAAUUUGUCAUUUGUGCCAACUUCUAUAUCCUGAGUAUCCUCUAAAUAUGGUUUUGCAUAAUGCUGGCUGUUCACUUGUUCUAAAUAGAAAAAAAAAAAUCUUACUCUUCUGUAGUUCUGUGUUGUUAGAGUCUAGGCCUACUGUUCUCUCUUGGCUCAAGAGUUGAUUAGAUAUUCCCUAGCUCUUCCUCUAUAUAUAAAAUCUAAUACAUAUUCUCGCUUACACUUACACAAAGUGAAGCACAUGUGUAGUUUAGAGCACAACUGUGUUGCUCCAUCUUCUAUCUUUCAUACUGUAUAUCAGUAUACUUUUCAUCUUAUCAUACUGUAAGGACAAACAAAAGUCAGUGUGGAAUUGCACUAGUACUUCACAACUUCUAUUAAAAUUACAGUACUCAGUGGCCAUGUAGAAUGUGCAUAAAACUACUGUAUAUUGACUAUUUACUGCUAAAAUGUAUAUGUUGUGGUCUCUUUAUGGCACUUGUGGAUCAUCUCCCUGGUCAUAUAUCUAGUUUCAGUAGACUUAAAUAUUAAGAGAGAAUGUGUAUGACUGUGUUGUUGUAUCUUGUACAAAUGGAAUAUUUUUAAAAUGGUGGUCUUUGUGUCCAUGUUGUGAACGCUAGUGUUGUUGUGUCCCAAUGAGUAUUAUGAACAGUGGCGAGAGAGGGUGAGUAUAGUUUUAGAAAAAAACAACUUUGGACCUGUGCUUUUAUGGGAAACCUGUUGUGGAGCUCUGGGGACAGUGGUCUGUCUGCCUGUCUGUCUGUUUUCAUGCGUCAGGGUCUCAGGUAAACUUGACUUCAUCAGCCACAUUGUGUUGAUGCUACAUACACGUUAGCAUCCAGAAAAUGAAAAAGGUGGUGGUUUUUAUAUUUCUUGCCAUGUCGCUUUGAGACUAUCUGAAGGGAUUAAAGGCUUCCUGGACAUAAUUGGCAUUGUUUGACAAAUAGUUUAAUUUGAUUUGUUCAGCUUUUGAAAUUAAGAUUAAGACCUUGUGCCUAAUUUAACUAUAAUCAGGCAUUGCAAAUGUGUUUUCCAAGUGAUUUUGCCUAAAGGGGGACUUUGCAGAGUUCAGACCAUGAAAAAUGUACAGUCGUCAAAGCAAUCGUAAAAUCCACUGUAUCACUACUGUAUCAACCUGUUACCUUAAUAAGCAUAUUCUCCACCUGGAUGAAAGUAACUUGCCUGUGGAUCAGUAAAUUGUGUCCUUACCUUCCUAAUGGAAGUGGGCAUUAUUUGAUUUCAAGGCUUUACACAGAUCAAGGUGCUGGUUGGCGAAUGAACUGUGCUGUCAAGGGAAAAAAUCCUGUCUGAACCUGAUGACAAAAGAGACUAUGCCAGCAUAUCACCACCAUAUAAAGAAAUUAUACUUAUGGUGAAAUAAAGUGCUAAGGUGCAGUAUGAUAAUUUGCUAAUGGUUUAAAACACAGGUAGAAAGACAAAGAAAGGAAACAGAAAAGAAAAUCCAUGUUAUGUAUUGUGUGUAGUGAAGUGUUUUAAUGUUGUGAAGAAUUUCAUGUCAAUGAUUUCUCUUUGUGCAAUAAGAUAUACCUUGUAAAUUUACAUAUUUUCACUCAUAUUUCACUGACAAAAGCCAUAGCAAAAUUCUGACGAUUGUGAAAAAUGUGCAGAUGCACACACACAUGCACAUGCAGACAUGCAAACACGCAUAUAUUUACACAGAUCUAUCCUGAAAAAUGUUAAAUUCUGUGACAGACACAGACAGAUUGCAAUAGAAAUGAAUUUCAUUCACAAUUAUUUACUAUCCCUAAAUUAAUUUCUGUGUGCCCUGUGGUUACUCCUGCUGUUUCUCUCUGACUGUUUUGACCAGAGCUACAUCAGUAGAAAACACAGCUAUACUCCCUCUCUUCAGCCAAAAUCUCAACAAACACUUUGGCUUUUUCCCAGAAAUAAAAAAACUGCAUCAGUCAAGCAAGUACAGGCGGGAAUACACUAGCGCCUGUGAGAAACUGUGUCUCUAACUGAAAUCAGAGUUACAUUCUUUCUUUUUCCCUCUGAAAGUUGUAAGUCACAAGGGAUUGGUUUUCAGAUCCAAAGGCAUUAUCAAAUUAUUGUAAAACAAGGUAGCAAGCUUGUCGUUAUUCAUGUUUCUGUGUUUUUUUGUGAUCCUGUUAGGGCCUUCGAAGGUAUAUGUAUGCUUGUCCUCCUCCUAACUAACUUUCUGCUUUGCAUGCAUCUGCUAUGUCCUCAUUGAUGUAGAGUUCCAUGUCACCUCCUCAGAAUACUGGCAUGUGGGGAAAGUUAUUGUUUUUCCUUGUAUGUAAAUUUACUGAAAAACGAACAUUAUUUUAUGCCUACAAGUCAACUUUAGGCAGUAGAUAACCAAAGAGGGAGAGCUUUAUGAACGGUUCUGAGAUAAGAAAAUAAAAUAAAAUAAAAAAAAAGAUAAAAUUAAAAGAAAUAAAAGCAUGUGUAUUUGGGAGACUGAGAUACUGCCAGUUAUUUUCCAUUAGUGUUCAUUGAUAUGAGCCAAUAUGUUACAAUACAUGUUCAGGUAACCAUUGGCCUUAUAGAUGUCUUAUAAUUGCAGAAUAUUAUAUGUAUUUCAAAUUAUAGAUACAGAGCAAUCUAAAAUCUGCCAUAUAU